AAGUGAUAUCACAACCAACAACCUUUUCACUUACACAGCUUAUAAGAUAACCAAAACCUGGUAAGUGUUUUUAGGGACAGUGGGAGAUAUGUCAAAAGAGAUUCAGCUGCCAGGUUUCAGAUUCCAUCCAACUGAGGAAGAGCUUCUUGAUUUCUACCUCAAGAACAUGUUUUACGGGAAACGAUCAAAAGUAGAAGUUAUUGGUUUUCUCGACAUCUAUCGUCAUGAUCCAUGGGACUUACCUCGUUUAUCGACAAUAGGGGAGAGGGAAUGGUAUUUCUUUGUGCCAAGGGAAAGGAAGCAAGGGGACGGAGGGAGACCAAGCAGGAUAACUGAGAAAGGAUAUUGGAAAGCAACUGGGUCUGAUCGUAAGAUCAUAAGCUUGUCUGAGCCAAGACGCAUGGUUGGGCUCAAGAAGACCCUUGUGUUCUACACAGGAAGAGCACCAGGAGGAACCAAGACUGAUUGGGUCAUGAACGAGUUCAGGAUGCCUGACCAUUGCACCUUACCAAAGAAAGUUGUGCUUUGUAAGAUAUAUAGAAAAGCCACUUCACUUAAAGUAAUGGAGCAAAGAGCAGAUAUGGAAGCUAAAAUGAAACAAACACGCCCAAGCUCUCCUCUCUCGUCUUGCGAGACCAAUUCUUUUGCUGGAAAAGAGGAAGACUUGAUGAUGACCUCGUUCCCUUUUCCUCAAGCAGAAGCCAUGAAAGAACCAAACCAUAUCUUAACCCUUCAAGAGCAUAACGAAAACGCUAAGAUCAAACGAAAACAGAGAGAAGCAGAGAGAAACGAACCGUCUUCAUCACUGAAGCUGCCGUCUGGAGACUUACCACUACCAGAGCUGCUGUUACCUAAACAAGGAUUCGAAUUAGGACAAGACCAGUUCUUCAGUAUAAGCCCAUGGCUGCAGAAUCUUACACCUAUAAUUAACCUAUUAUAUUUUUAAUGUAUGUCAAGAAGAAAUCUCGUACUACUUCACCAGGGAGAAACAGAGCUAAGAACUUAAGAUUAUAUAUCUAUAUCUAUUUAUUUAUCUAUGAUAAAGUUGGCUUUUUUUUUCUUUUUAGGAUACUUGUCACGAUAUCAUUUGUUGAAAUUGUAAAAAUGAAAUGGAUUUGGGCUUCUAUACAAAAUCCUAUCCCAUUUAUAAAAUAUUUUACGUCCUCUA